AUGGACAAGCAGUUAUCGGUAAAGUGUGGAGUCGAGCCAGUGACUUCGUUUAUGCGGCUUGCACACACGGCGCUGGAUGGAACCGUGGAGAGCUUUGUCAACAUUUUUGAUAAUAUCUCUGAACGCCUCUGCAAGCGCCAGGAAUCCUUUCCAGAGCCUCUUCAUGGAAUGGUGGCUAUCGUGACGGGCGGCAAUGCGGGCAUCGGCUUCGCGACCGCUCAGCAACUGGCUCGGCGCGGGGCGCAUGUCGUACUGGCGUGCAGGGAUAAGGCCCGCGCGGAGGCGGCAGUGCAGGCCAUUGCCAGGACUCCACCCCUUCCAGGCUGCGAGCCGCUACCGCCACCGCCGCCGCCGCCGCCACCGUCGUCCCCCAAGACACCGCCCGCCACAGCCGCGACCACCUGCGGCAGUAGCAGUCGCUGUAGCAGUCCCAGGCUCUGCAACGGCAUUCGGUCCUCCGCCGCCCCCAACUGCUCUCCUCCUCUUUCUCCUCUUCCUCUUCCUCCUCCUGCUGUUACCGCUGCUGCUGCUCCUCUGCUGAGUGUGGAAUCCAUGGAUCUGGAUUUGGGUCGGCUGUCAAGUGUACGGAGCUUUGCGGAGGAGUGGCGGCGCAGGGGCCUGCCCCUCCACCUGCUGGUGUGCAACGCCGGGGUGAUGGGACCGCCGCAGCGGCUGGAGACACAAGAUGGGCUGGAGGUGCAGUUCCAGGUGAACUUCCUGUCCCAUUGGUUGCUGGCAAAUCAGCUGAUGGGUGUUGAAAGAGAUCGACGCGUCGCCGCCGCCGUUGCCGCUGACGCACCGGCGGCGGCGGCGGUAAGCAGUGCCGCACGCGCCGGUGGCGGAUCGACGCGUGUGGUCGUGGUGACGAGUCUGACUCACCGGGCGGGGCCACUCCAAUGGCACGAUAAGCAAAGCACACGCAGUUACGAGCCGUUCCUGUCGUACGGCCUGUCCAAGCUCGCCAAUAUUUUAACGGCCAAGGAGCUUCAGCGGCGGUUUGACAUGAGCCCCGAGUACGGCCAAGAUACGGCAGUUGCCGUACACCCAGGCCUUGUCAGUACGGAUCUUGCGAACGGCUUUUUUGCGCAUCGCAGUACGGGGUGGGCGGCGGACUCCCCGUUGAAGCCCCUCGUGGAGGCCGCGAUGGAGGGGUUCGGUCAACUGGUAAGCCAUCAGCGUUGUUGUGAGGUCGGGCCGCUGUUGAUGCGCACUCCGGAGCAGUCGGCUGCGGUGAUGCUUCACGCCUGCCUGGCGCCGUCAGCUCGUGUGGCGGGGAGCUACCUGGCCCUUGGCAGGACUGCGCAACCGGACCAGGCUGCGGAAGACACCUCGAUGGCUUCGGAGCUGUGGCGGCUACCCCCAUCCCACAUAACCCUCAUGCAAACCCACGGGAACCCUAAAGAAACUGCCGGUGAUAAGCCGGAGAGAGGAGGCUUGCUAGCUGAGGUGCCCAGGUAG